AUGUCUAUAUAUGUACACGGCUUCUCCGCUAAAGCCCUCCUCAGCAUCUACAUGCGGAGCGUUCCGAAUUCUUUAACGCCGAAUUUUGCGAUACUACAGUGCGGGUAUAUCGGGGCGGCGGAUCCGGCGUCCUUCGGCCCAUUUCGGCACCGUGCCACGGUCGUGGACCAAGACCCGUUCUGCUUUCCUCUGUCGGCACUCCCGGUGUACACAACCUCCUCCGAGCCGUGGGACAGCGCAUUGUGCAUGCCAGGCGCUGUGGCGGACGCCGUGCCCUCUGCUACAGAGGAAUAUCGGUGUAGUGGAUGCGGCCGCGCAGGCGCGGACGGGGCCAGCUGGAGGCUGCUGGACUCGGCGUCGCGCAGCGCUUCCCGUCGGGCGCCUGGCUGA